AUGUUGUGUUUUAGCCAAGCUCCAUUGUCGCAGCUCCGUCGACAUUGCGCACAUACUGAUAAUCAAGCCGAGAGACCCAUUUACAGUGUCAGCACUGCCACCAACUGAUCUUACGAAUAUUGGGUAAGAAUUUUGAUUAUUUCUUGUGGAUUUAGGUUAGUUUGUGGAAGUUUGGAUGACAAGAUAUUUUCUACAAGGUAUUAUGGAUCUUUUAAGCCGGAUUUCUUUAAAUGGGAAGCAAUUCCGCACUGUUCUUUGACAUUUUUUCCAUAAGACCCAUAGUACAAUAUUAUUUUGACUAAAAUUUGAUGUUUUCAUCACAGAUAAUUGAAAUUUGUCUGUUUUCAGGUCUGCACUGUAAUGUCCGUUAGUUUGUCGCGCUCCAUCUUCAACGAUAUCUCCAACGUUGAGGAGCGUCGGCCCCGUUCAGGCAAACGCCCAGAAGGCCGGAUUUCUCUGCGACAGGUCAGCGAGAAGACGUUCAAGAAGCGCGAGAUCACUCCAUCCAGGAACUUGGACGUGAAGACUGGUCAAGUUAUUGGCGACGGGGAUCGUUACGUCGGAGCCAUGAACAACGAACAAUUGGGGAUUGCUCAACACUUGAUGAGAGGUGGAGAUGAUUUUGAGGUGAGGGAUUUUUGACUUUUUUCUUGAACUUUUAGGGGGAAAAUUAGGGACAGAGGUUGGUGGUCAGGAUCAGUAAUUAGUAUGGAAAUAAGUUGCGGUAUAAUUCGGUGUCAACUAUUUUUUUAUAUUGUACUAGACGUCAACGAUAAGAGAACCAAAAAACUGUCGAUUUUGUGAUGAAUUUUGAUGUUAGAAUAAUCAGAGGAUGUUUUGAAACGUCUUGGUCCAAUUCAUUUCAGUCCGAAUGCCAUAAAGUUGCUUUGAGUAUCUACAGAAAACUAAAGUAAUAUCCGAAACGCAUAGUUUUGGAUUUUUGGCUUUUUAGAAAUUAUAGUUCUCUCUUUAUUUGUCAAUUGUUUGGCCUUUUUUAUCGGCUUCGGAACGCCUAAAUUGACUUUUAGACAUCAAUUCCCAUCAUGGAUAAUAUCCAUUUGUCGAAGUCUGACCCUCAGUUGCAAAUUUUGAGUGAUUCUUUGCUUGUUCAAACCUUAUUCGGCCGUAAAACUAGACUGUCUUGUUUGUGCAUCUGCUCUUAUAGUCUUUGCUCGCAUUUAUUUUUUCUCUUAGCGUACUUUCACGUCCUUCAUAUAGUCUAACGAGAAGACGGAAUGAAAAAAAUGCGGCACAGAUGUUUUUGGCAUCUAUAUUUUAUUUUAAGCGGACUCUAAUUUUUACACAUCGUCAUGAAUAAUGUUAUGCACGAAAUGGAGAAAUUUCGAAGUGAAAACCGAUAAACAUUGGGUAUGCAGACUGUAAAUUGAGUAGAAUCGAGCUGGAACCAGACGCAAUAAGCCAAAAUAUGAUGGAUAUUUUGGGGAAAUGAAGGGAAUUUUGGGAGUGUUGUAGACUUUUGGGAUUAAAAUGAAGGAUUUGGCCAAAGACUUGGUAGUUUUAGUCAUAAAUAAUGUCAGAAAUCUCUCUAUAGAUGAGAGGGAAAACAGGCCGGCAAUCAGGCGGGAGAGCGGAUGAUUUUACACCUCAUCUAGUCAGAAAAUUACACUACAGUGACGGACCUGAUCCAGUGGCAAAGAACGUACCAUUUUGCAUCCGGGAAGUAUAAAAAAUGUGGCAAAAUGCUUCCCUCUCCAAGUGAAAAAACUCCCGAUUUCAAAAGCGCGCCCGCUCUUUUUGUGAGAUGCCCUUCAAAACGAAGUUUUUUUUCCACUUGGAGAGGGAAGCGUUUUGCCACAUUUUUGGAGCUUCCCGGAUGCAAAAUGGUAUGUUUUUUGCCACUGGAUUGUGUCGGUCACUGCAAUGUGAUUUUCUGACUGGAUGAGGUGUAAAAUCAUCCGCUCUCCCGCCUUAUUGCCGGCCUGUUUUCCCUCUCAUCUAAUCCGCCGCUUUGAUCACCUGCUGUUCCGAGGCCAAGAAAACAGGAAAAGAACGCGAGCAGCGCUUAAGUGCCGAGGAGCGCUUGCGAUUUUUUUAUGCCGCUCGCUAAUUUUAUGCCAUGCUGAGGGCGUCCUUCUGCUCGCAGUGGCGUUGUUUGAGAUGGAUUUGCGAUCAGUCGGGGGUCAAAUUUCAGGCCGAAAUGAUGAAUAAAGGGAUAUUGAAUGGGAAAAGCAAAAAUCAGAGUGUAAAAUGCUGCAAAUAAGCAAUAAUAAAGAGAAAAAUAUUAGCUUUGGAACGUAAUUUGGUAUAAAGAGAUUAGAAGUGUGACAAGAUUCGUAAAAUACGACAUGUUAGGUUUAACUGUUUUAACGAGGAAAGUACUUUUAUGGGGUAUGGAGUUACAGGUCGAGUCAUAUAUCAAAAAAAUCGUAAAAUUUUUCUGAUUCUGAAUGUGUAUAAGUUAGCUGCCUUAUUUUGGCUUGUCAGGGUGAAAAAAACCUCAGAACUUUUCUCGCAACACCACACAAAUGCCCCUUUUUUAUAUUGGAACUACUAAUUAAGGUGUAGUGUUAAUCAAAUUUGAAAUUUUAAGGCUUGGCAAGAUGCCAGGGUUCAUUGACUUUAGCUCAAAACAAAGAUUUUGAUUUGGUAAAAACUUUGUCAAAAAGGCAUGUGCGUGGUGUUGCGUGAAAACUUCAGAGGAUUUUUUCACCCUUACAAACCAAAAUAAGGCAGCUAACUUUUACAUAUUCUGAAUUAUAAAAAUUUUGCAAUUUUUUUGAUAUGACUGGACCUGUAACUCCAUACCCCAUAGAAGUACUUUCCUUGUAAGGUGAAAAAAAGUUGCUGAUGAUGAGUUAAAAUACGUUUUAGUGUCAAUUUAUAACUUUUUAAAAGUCGUGAAGGUCAAAGUUUGCCUCAAAUGCAUCACAGUUUAGCUCUGGUUUUGUAGUUUUAGAUUUUUUUAAAGUCAUAAACAGAAUUUUUCCAUGAAUAGUGCUCCGAUUUUUGUUCAUUUAGAGUUUCACACAUCUGAAUGGCCUUUUAUGGCAUUGUAUUUAUCCUAUUAUCCUGAUUCUCGGAAGACUCGUGCAAAUUCCUAAUCUCAAGCCCGGGGAUUUACAGUAACGCGGCCCCACCGCUGUCCACCGGUUCCUCUCUGCACUCGCUUUUCGCCCGAAAACAACGCUAGCUUUUUUUUGAAAUCGAAGCGAGCGCGUCCUUUUUUCUCCGCUUCGUUGCCGAUGAGGAAAGAAAAUUUACGAGCAGGGCCUAACAGCGCCAUUAAAACCGAGAUAAAAUAAUGGAAACGGCGGAAUAAGCGCCUCAGAGAAGAGUGCACCAUGAAAUAUGGGCGAAGGAUUAAUAUACGACAUGUAAAUCGCAAACUACAGUAGGAUAAUAAGGAUUUACCGGCAAAAAAGAAGUGAUUUCUGGCUUGUUCGAGGAGAAAAUGUGAUUGUUUGUGGCUGCCUCACUCCCAUGUUCGGUACUUUGUAGGCUUUGCGAUGAUAAGUCAUCGCUUGCACUCGAAUACUCGAGGUUUUCGGCUCGAUUCAAAGAUGAAAAUGUUCGAAAAUGCUUGGAACUGCUUGAAAAUACUGUAUAUUCGGUAGUCUUGAAGGGAAGGAAAAUCUUAUUUACACAUUUGGCAGCAGUUUUCGGAACGUUUUUUCUAAUCCGUGACGUUCGGGAUACGUUUUCCUUGCCCUCCAUGUCGGCCAUUGCUCGCAAAAUGUCCAUCGGAUUUGGCCAAAUGUCGAGCGGAGCGACACACGUUCGAAUCCAACCCCACACGUUCGGACUAGCACGCUCGGCGGACGGUGUUGGGCCCUCAUCGGAUGAUUUUUGUGAAAUACUUGUUAUUGUCAUAGCACUGGGACGCCCGGUAGUCUUCAGCUCCCCUCCUCCCCACCACUGGCCUUGCCCCCACCAUGUGUAUGUUGGCUGCUGUUGUUUUUGAAUGGAGAAGAAAGAAGAAGAAGGGAGGCAAGGAAGCAGCGGCCCGUGGAAUAGUGCUAGCACACCCCCAAAAUUCUGAAUGCACGGCCCCUCUCUAAGCCCCCUGCUCGCCUCUUCCAUCCACGCCGUCUCGGCGCCCCCUGCUCGCCACCACCCCACUCCCCUUGCUUGCCCCGUGCAAGCCACCCGAACCAGCGGAGAGCGACGGGUGAAGGCCCUUUCUGGGCGCCCAGUGCUCGCGUUUCUUUCCACUACCCUUCCUCUUCCCCCACGACGCUCCAGCACUCUCUUUUUCUGCCUGCCCUAGCAUGUUUCGUUAGCGAAAAGAAGCGGAAAGCCGGCGUGGUGGCGGCGCCCAUGUCUUCACACAAACAACGCAAAAAUCGACGAGCCCUACGCCCAGUGCCUCUCUCACAGGGCUUCUCUCCUCUCUUCGAUAGCGCAAUGAAGGCAGGCGCGGAAAGCGAACGAAGAGAGCGCCCGCUAACGAAGAGUGUCGGCCGUCUGGAGGAUUGGAGGGACGAACGCCCACUAUUUCCCCACCCUCUGCCUCCGCACGAAGACAGAGGGAAGAGGAAAUAGUGCUCGUUGUUGCGAGCAGGCCAGGCUCCGAGCCCGGGGUGUUAGUUCAGUGCUCUCUUCUUCAGCCUUCCCUCGCUUCCUUCGCCCCACUGAAACGACCGUUGCCAGUGGAAAACGCAGUGGAGAAUGGGAAAGAAGAGGAGCCCCCCGUUGUUCUCUGUUGAGCUCCCCCCAACAGCCCCCCAUUUCCAGUGGUUCGCCUUCAGCCAGCAGUCCUCUUCCCUUCACUCCAUUGCCACCACAGAGCGCAGUGCAAAGACGCUUGCCUGUGUUUUUCACUGCUGGGCGCUGUGUUGUGUAGUGGAAAUUUCUCGACGUACCCAGCGCCGUUGUUCUCAACUGGACCAAUCGAUUUUUUGGAGUUAUGGGGUAGUUGAAGACCUCUAGAAUCGAUUUGUAGUUGGAUGGUUUGGCUGGUUUAGCCUUGGCGCGGAGAUAUGGCUUCUUGAAGUUACACUGGAAAUCGCCUUGAAGGCAUACUGUAGGUUGGUCUCGUUGCAUGUUGUAGCUAAAGCAUGACCAAAAUACUAUGUAGUAAUGAGUCAGAGAGGUCUGUAGACUAUUUUGGAGCACUGUUCCAUAUUCUGGACCUCUUUGAGAACGCGUGCCAAAAGUUGCGAGCACUGCGAAAUUUUUGCGAGUAGGAACGGCCAAGCCCCCCAGGGAUGGGAAUGGCCCCGGAUUUGGUUUGGCCUUUGUCUCCAAUAAGUUUUUGAAGUUUCGAAAGUUUCUAAAGUGGAGAUUAUAAAGAUUCGAAUUCAAAAAUUGACCCGCCGCGAAAAUAAUUGUCAUUCGGCGCGUCUCAACUAUCGAUUUUUCGGGGCGAAAAGACGGAGGGGCAUCACUUGGAAUAGUAAUGGGGUGGGAAAUGUAAAAUACGGCGAAUUUAGGGUAGUUGGGUUACUGUAGAUUUUGCAAUGAUGUAGUUUUUUGAAUAUUUUUAAAUAUUUUUUGGGGGAAAAAUCUUUUUUGAAUAUUUUUUGGUAAAAUGAAAACCUUUCCAUUUUCCUAUUUUCUAAAUCUACAACGAGCUAAUCUAACAUAAUUUCAGGACCCAUUGAACACCUCCAGCUCGGCACCAUGCUCUCCAGAGUCGAAGGAUCGCCGGGACAUGAAGAUGCGGCUGAUGAGAGCGCGCUCCGCCGGCGACAUCUCCAGUGCCCCGAACGACCUCCGAAUAGUCUCGUACAAGCGUGGACUGUGCCCGAAACCUCCGCCGGGCCACCGAAGCAAGCCAGCCGUCAUGUACACGUGUGUACAGCCGUCCUCGACCGCCAAAAGACAUCAAAGAUAUCUGCCGAAGUCGCCGGUCCGAAUCCUCGACGCUCCCACGAUAAACGAUGACUUUUAUUUGAACAUCAUGGACUGGGGCCAAACAAAUGUGGUGGCGGUCGCCCUGGACAAUGUGGUGUAUUUGUGGCACGCGGAGAGCGGAGAUGUCGACACUUUGGAUGAGUUUGAUGGAGUUUCGGUGUCGUCGGUGAAAUGGUCGGAAGAAGGACGGUAUCUGAGCGUUGGCCUAACGAACGGCCAAUUGAAGCUGUAUGACGUCACGACAAAGCGAAAUCUCAGAACCAUCACCUCUCAACUCCAAAGGAUCGGAUGUAUCUCGUGGAAGAAGAGCGUCGUCACCUACGGAUGCAGAUCAGGCCGAAUCUACAACCAUGACACCCGAAGAGCCCAAAGUUUGAUCGGAGACUUUGACUUGCACACUGGAGAAGUAUGUGGAGUGAAAUGGUCGCCGGAUGAGAAGCACUUGGUCAGCGGUGGAGCGGAUCAAACCGUCAAUGUGUGGGACGAACGCCAAAUCGGCGCUGAUGACCCUCAGCCGACCCAUACCUUUGUGGAACACACCGCAACGGUCAAAGCCAUCGAAUUCGUGCCGUUCCUCGGAAUGAACAAUAAUAUGGUCGCGACUGGCGGAGGUUUGAAUGAUGGAACCGUCAAGAUUUGGAACUUAUCAACUGGGCAAUUGCACAGCUCUUACAAUACGGAUAAUCAGGUAAGAAUUGGGGAUCUGAUAUCGGAAUAGAGUUCGGUAAUGGAACCAGGGCAUUUGGUUCUAAAUUUACACUGUAAGGUAUAUGACUGUUCCCUUUCAGAUAUCCGGAAUCCUCUUCAACAAGAACUACAAGGAGAUGUGCACCUCGCACGGCAAUCCCAGGUCCUUCCUUCGCUUCCAUCACUACAAAAAUCAGAAGUUCGAAGCCGUCGGCGAUAUCGACAGCCACACUGGUCGCAUCCUCUCCCUCACCCAGUCACCAUGUGGUCAAUUUGUCCUCUCAGCCGCCUCGGACGAAACUCUCCGCCUCUGGAACUGCUGGAAACAAGACAAAUCGGUCUCGGCACUAACCUCAACCAUGCGCCAAAUGAAACUCCAAAACUCGUCGACGAAUGCACCAUCAAUCCGAUAA